AAACGUCAUUUCCGGUGCCUGCAGGGACUGUCAUGGCGGCGUCCGUAGAGUCACUUCACCGCAAAGAGAAACGAUGAUCCUCAACCAGACACUCGCCAGGUACAAUGAUGUCAUCAACGAUGCAAAGCGCAUGCAGACUCACAUUCCGCGGCCUCCGGCCUUUGACUGCAAGCCCCGGCUCGGUCCUCACCUGCAGGACCCUUGCAAGCAAACAGGCCAAGGGCCAGAGGAAAGACCAGACGCGUGAGCAGAAGAGCCAGAAAGUCAAGGUGAACAAACAGGAAGUGGAGAUCUGGCGUGGGAUGACGGCUGGCGACUUGGCCCAGGUCAUAAAGAAGGACAUGGACCACAUCGUGGAGGUGCUCCUGUACUCCUCCGUGGAUGUGGACUCACUGGAGCCAGACACCACUCUGGACGAGCAGACCAUCAAAGAGGUGCUGAAACAUUCUGGAUUCAAGUUCAAGUGGGCCCAGCUCAGCACCAGCAAACCACGCCAGAACCAAGACGUGGUCAGAAGACCUCCAGAUCCAGCCACCCUGGUGCAGCGCCCCCCUGUGGUGACUAUCAUGGGUCACGUGGAUCAUGGCAAGACGACCUUGCUGGACAGUUUGAGGCGGAGUCAGAUUGUGGCCACAGAGGCCGGCGGCAUCACACAGCACAUCGGCGCCUUUCAAGUGCAGCUUCCCACCGGGGAACAGAUCACCUUCCUGGACACGCCAGGUCACGCUGCCUUCUCCUCCAUGAGGGCCCGCGGAGCCCACGCCACUGACAUCGUGAUCCUUGUGGUGGCAGCGGACGAUGGCGUCAUGAACCAGACGGUCGAGUCCAUCCAACACGCACGGAAGGCGAGAGUUCCCAUCAUUGUAGCGGUGAACAAGUGUGACAAACCGCAGGCCGAUGCCAACAGAGUCAAACAGGAGCUCCUGGGCCACGACGUGGUCUGCGAGGAGUUCGGAGGAGACGUCCAGGCCAUUCAUAUCUCCGCCCUGAAGGGCGACAACCUGCUGGCUCUGGCUGAAGCGACGGUGGCUCUGGCGGAGGUGAUGGAGCUGAAGGCGUCGCCCACGGUGCCAGUCGAAGGAGUGGUGAUCGAGAGCCGCACGGACCGAGGCCGAGGACCAGUGACGACGACGGUGAUCCAGCAGGGGACGCUGCGCCGCGGCUGCGUGCUCGUGGCUGGUCAGAGCUGGGCCAAGGUCCGCUUCCUGUUCGAUGAAAAUGGCAAGGCGGUGUCGGAGGCGGGGCCCAGCUGCGCCGUGCAAGUGGUGGGCUGGAAGGACCUGCCGUCAGCUGGAGAGACUCUCCUGGAGGUGGAGUCAGAGCAGCGAGCCAGGGAGGUGGUGGAGUGGCGGGCGUACGAGAAGCAGCAGCAGAAGCUGCAGGAGGAGCAGAACAUUAUCUCCCAGAAACAGCAGCAACAUCUGGAGCAGUACCAGAAGGAGCGGGCAGAGCAAGCCCACCUCAGCUGGCGCCAGAGGAAGUCGCUGAAGUACCAGACCAACAAGGACAAGUUCGCCCUCAGACAGAGCGAGAAGGUUACCACAGAUGAGUGCCGCCUCCCAGUCAUCAUCAAAGGCGAUGUGGACGGGUCUGUCGAGGCGUUCCUCAACAUCCUGGACACGUACGAUGCCGACAGCCAGUGUCAGCUGGAUGUGGUCCACUUCGGUAUCGGAGACAUUUCAGAAAACGACAUAAACAUGGCCGGCACGUUUGCAGGAUCCAUCUACGGCUUCAACGUGACGGCCAGUAAGAAGAUACAGCAACUGGCGGAGAAGCAGAACGUCCCGCUGAGACUGCACAACGUCAUCUACAAGCUGAUCGACCAGCUGAAGGAUGAGCUGAGCAGCAGGCUGCCACCGAGCCUGCAGGACAACACCGUGGGUGAGGCCUCCGUCCUGGCCGUCUUCAACGUGACUGUGGGGAAGAAGAAAGUGGAUGUGGCCGGAUGUCGGGUCCAGAAAGGCCAGCUGGACCGAAAGCUGAAAUUCCGGCUGAUUCGGAACAGAGACACGCUCUGGGAGGGUUUUCUUGUGGCCCUGAAGCACCACAAAGACGAGGUCCAGACUGUGCGGACCGGAAUGGAGUGCGGACUGUCAGUCGAUGCGGAUGUGGAAUUCAAGCCUGGAGACCUCAUCGUCUGCUUUGAGGAGGUGGAGGUGCCACAAGUCAUCGCCUGGGACCCGGGCUUCUGAUGUCAGAGACAAUACUGGAUACCUGCUGAUACUGCUGGAUACGAUCACAUAUGGUCGAGUCAGGGGGUUUGGACUUUUAAUGACUCAAGAAAAUUAAUUAAAAUAAAAAAAGGUCACAGAAAACGCUAAGAACCGCUCCAGGACUUGUAUUGGACCGGUUCAUUUCCUUUUGGUCUUGCUGGGCUUGGCGAGCAGCGCCGGGUCAAUCUGCUCUGGUUUCAGGUCUUUGACUGAGAAGAGUCUUGCUGCCCGCUCUGACAGAGUCCCACCACACUUGAGCCCGCGAGACAUCAACUCAGCCUUCAGAACCUCCAAACCCAAAGACUCCAGCUGCUGGGCCGAGGACAUGGAGGAUAGGUCCACCUGCUCAUGCGCUUCCUGGGGCGCCUGCGUGCUGCCAUCGCCGUGGUUACUGACACUGCCAUCAGGCUGCUUGGGCUUACUGUCGCCAUCUGCUGGUGGUGUGACUUCUAUGUUGCUAUCUGUGAUGUCAUCAGCCUGGCAGGCUCCUCCGUUGCUGGGGUUACUAUCUUCAGGCAGUUCUGGAACUCCGUUGCCUUGGUCACAGUUGCUUUCAUCAGGCUGCUGGCUUUCACUGUUGCUCUCAUCAGGUUGCCCUUGCCCUUCAUUGCUAUGGCUACUGUUGUCCUGAGGCUCGAGUACUUGGUCGCCAUUUUCACCUGCGCUGUCAUCAGGCAGCGUGUGCGGGCUGUCGUCAUGGUUACCAGCAUCAGCCUGCAGCAGGACGGAGAUGUAACUUAAAGUGCACAACUUGCAGCAUCAGCAUUUCUGAAACUCUUGAGUCUUCUGCACAUGACUCCAGAUGAUUGGUCUUGUGUCGAACCUCACCUGAGUCUCCAAACUGGCCUCUGAAGGUGCUGCAGAUGCUCCACUCUGGACUUCCUUCUCGGGCUCAACAGUUUUCACACCUAUAGAUGAACCACAGUCGGGUGAAGAUGUGGACGGACCCGCUUCUGCUUCGUCGUCUUCAUCAUCAUCAUCUUCUUCAUCUUCAUCUUCCUCAUCAGAGCUCAGCAGAUCGACUCCCGACCUGUCACCACAACAACACUAAUCAAGUCCCUUGUGGCAGUUAAUGUUGCCCUGACUUAAUAAACUGGACCCAAACUUACCAGUAGGUGGCACCCAUCUUCUUCUUCUUGUUUUUUGGCUGCUUGCUCUGACCCAAGUUUGGUCUCUUUGAGCCCAGAAUGUUGUCGGCCUUCACCUGAGAGCUAGAGCUCGC